CUUAAAAUAUAUGGGCAGUGGAUGUUAGGAGGCGAACGCGGGCUCUCAAAGGUGGCGAAUCCUGUGAACCAUAUAUCUAUUGUUGGCAACUUUGUUGGUGCAUUGCUGGGUGCAUCAAUGGCACUAAGAGAAGGACCAAUAUUCAUUUUUGCUGUCGGGUUGGCUCACUACUCGGUCUUAUUUGUAACUCUCUACCAGAAACUAACAACAAAUGAGUCGGUAAUCCCAAAGGAACUCCAUCCUGUGUUCUUUCUGUUCGUAGCAGCACCUAGCGUUGCUUCAAUGGCUUGGGCAAAAAUCCAAGGCACUUUUGAUCAUGGCUCAAGGAUUUGUUACUUCAUCGCUAUGUUCCUCUAUCUCUCAUCGGCAAGUAUACAUUAUUAUAUCCGUAACUCUCUCUCUCUCUCUCUCUGCUCGCAUGUACAGGUAGUCGGAGUCAAUUUUUUCCGAGGAUUCAAGUUCUCAUUGGCAUGGUGGGCAUACACUUUCCCGAUGACCGGUGCUGCCAUUGCAACUAUCAGGUAUUCGAAUGAAGUGAUGAACGUAGCAACUCAAGCGUUGGCUGUCAUACUGUCUCUUAUUGCCACACUAACAGUCCUUGGUCUCUUCGUGGUAACCAUUUUGCAUGCCUUUGUGCUCCGAGACCUCUUCCCCAAUGACAUUGCAAUUGCCAUUAGUGACACAAACCCAAGUAAACUGCACAAAAAAUGGCACCAUCUCAAGCAGGACAGCUCUUCAUGUCCCAAAGACAUUGAGAAUUCCUUAAAGUGAGACAACUAGCUCAGAGAGAAAGGAUUUGGAAUUUGUAGAUUCGCGAUCAAAACUACCAGUCUCUGGCAUUAUUGAUUUCAUACCAUCC